CUUGUAAGCAGUCGCCUCCAGUGCAUUGGCUUGACCAGACGGUCGUAGCUAGAACCUGAUGGGGGUGGAUGCAUCCUUCAUGGCCUUGGGGUGCUCCUGCUGGACUGCUGGCCUGUUGUUGAUGUGAUGAUAAGAGGCUUUGAGCCGCACGGUGAGGCGCUUCUAGGCACGCAAACAUCGUCAUGCAGCUUGUUGACAAUUCCGUCCGUCGUCCACUUCGCCUUCCUUUGCAUUUCUCACUCGCACUCGCCAUCCCCUCAUCCCCGCCAACCCCUAGGUCGAGGCUCAUUAACAUCGCACAGCUUAAGCGUCCUACUACGACAGGCGCUCAGCUAGCUCUUCCCGCUUUCUCACCCUCGUUUCCCAACAAUGUCGAGCGGAGCGGGCUCGCCCGCCUCCGACGGCUCCGACUUCCGACCACCGAGCGACGACGCCGAGACGGACGACUACGUCGACGAAGGCGCGAUGGAAGUCGACGAGCCCGCCUCCGCCGCCUCCUCAGACGAGGAAGACGGGGACGACUUCGUCCCUGCUCGCCGCGGUCGCGGCCGUGGCCGCGGCGUAGCGAGAGGCGCAACCCGCACCCCAAGAGGGCGAGGGACGGGUACGCGUGUUGCGCGCAAAAACGGCGGCGUGGCAUUUACGACGGGGACGCCGAAGCGCGCGCCAAGCGAAGCGUUUGGGCCGUCCACGAUCGCGGCCGUCGCCGAGAGCGACUUGAUGGGCAUGCCGCCCGCGUACCGCGAGUUCCUACUCGCGUCGUCCGUCGUCAUGGUCAAAGGGCCGGACUGGAAGAAGGAGUAUUAUCCGAAUACGGGGGGGACGCGCGUGCCGAUCUUCCCCCUUGGUCCGUUGACGCCGUUCGUGACGCGCCUAAAAAGCCCGCCGAACAUGCCGGGGAAGGAGGGGCGGAUGGGCGAGCUCGAGGUCGUGCUCGAUCAAGAGAGGGGGGCGGCGCGCACCGAGGCGCGCAGGCUUGCGAGCCGCGAUAAGGCUAAGCGCUUCGGCUUGCUUGAGCCGUGGCAGGUGUGGGAGGGCGAGGGGUGGUGGCCGGAGAUGGCGGCCGGCGGGGCCGGCGGAGCGGGCCCGACGGAGGGCUGGUGCUGGCGCAGCGAGGUGCGGCUCGGUCUUGAUGGAGUCGGGCGAGGGUGGACGCAGAACGUCGUCGCGGCUAC